AUGGAAGACGAAACGAAUGAGGAAAAUGACAAACAACUACUAAAGGACGAAUGCGCCUACACUAAUGUUCUACCUGGAACUGUACUCGGUGAAGCUGUCUCCUACGCAAGCUACAAUCUAGUCUCACGUCUUAUUUCCAAAGGAGCAGAUCCUCAUGCAUUCCAGAGAUGGCAUGGCGGCAAUAGCUUUGCUAUAGAGAAAGCGGAAAAAACAACACCAUUACACAUUGCUGCAUUGGUGUCUAUCGUCGAUGAUGAGGGACGAAUCCCGCUACAUUGGGCCGUGGCAGGAACUCACGUGGAUACAAUCGACUCUUAUAAGAUCACGUCGCGGAUGGUAGCUAGUGUCAAGUUACUCCUUGAUUCCAACCCGGAUACUUUUCACGCUCGAAACAAGCUUGGCGCUACAGUCUUCCAUUACGCAGCCAAAAACAACACAGGUAAUGGGGCAAAUAUUGAGGCCAUAAGCAUACUUCUGGAAGCUGCUCGGGAUUGUUCAGAUAUGCUCAACUCGCGAAAUAAUUCUGGGGUCAGUUCUCUUGGAGAGCUAAUCGAUUCUCACCAACUCAUUCCCAGUGGUCUGACACACAUGGAAGGGAUUACCAGGCUUCUACUGAAACACGGAGCUGAUGCGCGGCGAUGUGACGAGGCUGGACGAAAUAUUCUGCAAAAAUUAUGCAGCCUUGCUUGGCUGGAGCCAAUCAGCUCGACCUUUAUAGACCAAUUACUCCAGCAACUUGGUGUCAACGAGAAGGAUGACUGUGGCUGUACAGCUCUUCACUAUCUCGUAAAGAACUUCGAUCAAGCCGAUGCUAUCCGACACUUUUUGAGUCACGGUACAGAUGUGAAUGCAGUUGACAAGGAAGGGAGUACCCCCCUGCACGAAGUGAUGAAGGGUACAAUGGUUCGGAAACGGGAUGACCCUACUAGUCUUGAGCAACUUCCUAUGCGCCUCAAGAAUGCACAGGAUAAGAUCAUUCAAAUGCUAUUGACUUCCGGGCAUCUGAAGGAAUUGUCAACGGAAAUGGAGAAACACCGAGACAAGUACAGAAGAGGGUUUUAG